AUGGGGCACUGGAGGCGAGUAAAGAUUGCCAAAUGCCAGAUGCUGCUCACCGGCUUCUUUGUCUUGCUGCUGGGCCUCUCUGUGGCCGCCAUGGUCGUUCACACUCAAUUUGGGGACCACUUUGCUGUCAUUGGCCAAGUAUCCUUGGAGAGGAACCCCUAUGAGACCAUGCACCACUGGGCUUUCUAUGUGGGCAUCAGCCUGGCAGGCCUGCUGAGCCUGGGUGCUGCACUGACUACCACAGCCACUGUGAGGGAGGCCCAGGGCCUCAUGGCCAUGGGUUUCCUGUGCUUUGCCCUGGUGUUCUGCAUCCUGGUGCAGGUAGCCUUCUGGAGAUUCCACAACCCCACCCAGGUAGAAGAUGCAGUGCUGGACAUCUAUGACCUGGUGUAUGACCAGGCAGUGAGGAACCCAUCUAGCAGCCGGUGGCGGGAGCUGGCCGCCAUUCAGGACACGUUUCUGUGUUGUGGGAAGAGAUCUCCUUUCGGGCUUCUGGUGAACACGAGAGCCAAACUCUGCCAGGGCCAGGAAGCCAUGAGAGAGGACUGCCUACAGAGCAUCAGGAGCUUUCUGAAGACACACAGCAGCAUUGCCACCAUCCUGACCUGUGCCAGCCUGGCCCUCAUGGUAUACGCCAUGAUGCUCUGUGCCUUCCUUUGGUUUACCAUUCAUUCCCACUGUGGCUUGGAUCGAAGAGGCAGAUACACCCUUACCGCACGACCCCAUGACUGUCAGCCCCAGGAGCCCAGCCUCUUCAGAUGGACCCAGGGUAGGCCAGCAUCUCGAUGCCCCUCCGAAGCACAGGCGUUUGCUAACCAUUGGGUCUAGUAGGAUGUUUGGAUGGCUCCGAGGGGGUUCAGGACUGCUGCGCUGCUUCAUGCCUGCCCUGCCACCUGCCUGCCCACGGAGAUGAAGAUGCUGCCCACCAGCACUCACACAGUCCUCACAUGAGGUGACAUGGUGAGGCAGGAGAAGGGAAGACCGUACCAGAUGUGCUGGUGACUUUGGCGUUGCUGCAGCUGGAUUCCCGACAGAAACAAUUUAGGGGAGGAAAGAUGUUUCUGGCUCACGGUUUCAGGGAAAUUUGUGUCUGUUAUGGCAGGGAAGGCAGGGAGGAAUAGCUAUAUCUGCAGCGGUGGGAACGGGUGGGGAAACUGUUCACAUGCUGGAGGGUAGGUAUAUCAGUUCCUUUCCUGUUGCUGUGACAAAACGCCAUGACCAAGGCAACUCAUAGAGGAAAGAAUUUAUUUGGCUUAUGGUUCCAGAGGGGCGGGGGGGGGGGGGCGGAGAAGAAAGCUAAGCGCUCAGGUCUUCACGCAUGCACAACAAGGGGAGUGACAGCCAGACUGGAUGUGGACCGAGGCUAUGAACCCCAAAGCCCACCCCCGGUGCUGUGCUUCCUCCAGCAAAACCACACCUAAAGAUUCCAUGACCUUCCCAAACAGGGCCACCCACUGGAGACUGUACACCGAAUGCUUCAGCCUAUGGGGGAGAGUUCUCAUUCAAACCACCACACUAGGUACCAGGGUAAAGCAAUCGCCUUAAUUUUCUUGGGGCCAACCUGGAGUAGAGAUGACUUUGGCCCUGUCGUCAUGGUGAUGAUAAAUGUAGAGCCAUAUGGACAUAGCUAGGUUUUCUGGUAAUGGCACGGGGCUGUUAGUACUCCCUAGUUGAGGGAAGAGAAGGGGGUCACCAGACCCUCCUCUGGAAUUCCAGCCACCGCUCCCUCCUGCUAAAUGCACAUGAUCUUGUGAGGUGCUAGAAUGAACGGCGUGAGAGGUUUACUGAGGGGGGACUCCAUGUUCCAGCUUCCGUAAGGUUGUCACCCAUCAUGGGGUGGACUUUCUGGUGAUGCAUCCGUUUGGGGGGGUUACCCAGACUCCUAUUAAGUAACUCCACCCAUGCUCACCCCAAUAAACCCACUGGUUCACCAAAUCAAACUUGGUGGGGUCUCUUCUUUGGUCUGCUGUCUGAGCCCCAUCUGGGGUGAGCAGAUGUUUGUUCAUGUCCAGGGAAGUAACAUAAUAGCAGAAAACAGCAAGAAUGGAACAGGGGCAGGUGUGACCUCCAAAGCCAGUCCCCGGUGACCUAUUUCUGCCAGCCAGGUCCCACUUAAGGCUCCACAGCCUCCGAACUAGCACCAUAAGCUUAGGACAGAGCAUUCAAAACAUGAGCCCAUCGGGGAGAGAACCCUUCGGAUUCAAACCAUGACACUAGAUAAACUCACAUGAGCCUGUGGGAAACACCUGAGAUCCAAACCAAGUAUAUCAGUUACUUUUCUGCUGCUGCGAUAAAACACCACGAUCAACGCAACUCAUAGAAGACUUUAUUUGCGCUUAUAAUUCCAGGGGUAAGGGUCUGUAAUGGUGGGUAAGGCAUGAUGGAAGGAAGUGCCCAGAGAAGAAAGCCCAGUGAUCACAUUUUCAAGCAGGCACGGGAAACAAAGAGGAAAUCUGGCUUAAGAACUCUCAUAGCCUCCCCCACCAAUGGGCUUCCUCCAGCAAGGCCAUACCUCCUAAAACCUCCC